GAGACCAUGCCUCAAAGCAACAUCAUCAUCCUUACUAAUCCAUCAUCCAAACUCCCAGUGGAAAGAGAUAGACUGACCAUUCUGCCCAUUCAAGGUGAUUAUUCACGAGAAAUGUUGAUGCUGCAAAGAAUCAGGUCUUACAUUGUCUUUCUAGAAACUCGAGCUGCGGAGCAUUCAAAAUGGAAGAGCCAAGUGAGUCAUUACAUCUUUACCGACUCAGACAUAGCAGUGGUUGAUGAUUUGGGGCAGAUAUUUAGUGAUCACCCUGAUUUUCAUGUGGCUCUAACAUUCCGUAACAACAAAGUGCAACCUCUGAAUUCAGGAUUUAUAGCAGUUAGGGGCACUCCUGAGGGAAUUUUAAGAGCAAAGUCUUUCUUGGAAGAAGUACUAAAAGUCUACACGUCAAAGUUCAUGAAAGCUUCCAGAAUGCUCGGGGAUCAAUUAGCUCUUGCCUGGGUUGUAAAAUCUCAUUCUUCCUUUGAUGUACGAAGGUUUUCUAGAAAACAAGCAUUUAUGGACCAAAUCAGCGGGGCUUCCGUUCUAUUUUUGCCAUGUUCAAUUUAUAACUGGACACCACCAGAGGGUGCCGGUCAAUUUCACGGGAUGCCCUUGGAUGUUAAGGUUGUGCAUUUUAAGGGAUCAAGAAAAAGACUUAUGCUGGAGUCUUGGAACUUCUUAAAGUCAACGUCAUCUUCAGACAUUGCCGACAUGUUAUGCCUAAUCUUAAGAAGUGGCAGGACAAAGUACGAUUUCUAGUUGAGAUUUGUUUUGGUCUUAUCAGAUGGAUUUAUUCUUUUUCAGCAAGUACGUCCUCUCAUUCAUUUGGAAGAUUAACCAGGCUUUUUGAGGUUGUUGGUUGUAACUUGUAAGACUAGUCAACAUUCACCAUCCAAAUGGUGCUUGAGCUUAAAGCAACCGGUCAAUAUUGCUGCUCAGCUGCAACUUUAGAGACUCAGAUGAUGGAUAGUUUCUAGCUAAAAUCAGUUUGUAUUCUGAUUUUUUGUGUAACUACAUGUAAAUUCUUGAAAAUUGAUUCAAUGUUUCCUCCUUUGUUUUCUAGUUACUUCAACAAGAUCAGUAUAGGAAUUUAACUUUUGUGCUGUGUUCUAUAGGAACUUCAACACUGCUUUCUCUUC